AUGCGCAGCGGGUUACUACCGGAAGGAUUUCUUAGCUGGGACCAAUGUGGCGCCUCCACUGAGCCCUUCUGGAAGCGUCUGAGGGAAAGAAGGGCGCAAGUCGGAGUGGGCGAGACCACUGAGCGGAACUCCGACACACGUCAUAUUGGCAGGGGCCACGGCACUACAGUGAGAGCAAAAAGAGACAGCGCAAAUGCGCGCUGCGAGGCAGGGUACACUUUGUCGAUGUCAAAAGUACUUCAAGGAGAAAGCCAUACCCAAGACAUUUUGCAUAUGAAUCUUGAUAAUGACAGAUCAAGAAAAAGAAAUUGGGGAUUGUUGGUCACUGGCAUUGUUGGGGGGACAUUGGUGGUACUGUAUGCUGUUGCCACUCCAUUCCUAACUCCAGCACUGAGAAAAAUUUGCCUUCCUUUUGUACCUGCAACUUCAGCUCAGAUUGAAAAUGUUUUGAAAAUGUUACAAUACAGAAGUGGAUCUCUGGUUGACAUAGGUAGCGGCGAUGGACGUAUUGUGAGUGCAUGUACGUGUAUAUUGUUGUUUACUGCUGUGCCCCUGGCCAAUUGUACAUUUAAUAUACAGGUGAUAGCAGCUGCAAAAGAAGGAUUCAAAGCUGUUGGUUAUGAAUUAAAUCCCUGGCUAGUCUGGUACUCCAGAUAUCGUGCUUGGAGAGAAGGGAUGCAUCAUAAUGCCAAAUUUUAUAUUUCAGAUUUGUGGAAGGUUAGCUUUUCCCAGUAUACAAAUGUUGUUGUUUUUGGGGUACCUCAAAUGAUGCCACAGUUAGAGAAGAAGCUUGAAGAAGAACUUGAUCACAAUGCCAGAGUCGUUGCUUGCCGUUUUCCUUUCCCACACUGGAUGCCAGAUCAUACUACUGGAGAAGGAAUAGACGUGGUGUGGGCCUAUGAUUCAAAAGCUUUCAAAGGAAAUGAAAAGACAUGCUCAGAAACUGUGCAAAAGAUGCAUCCUUUGUAAGAUUUCAGGUUAAAAAAUGUUGUUGGAACUAAUUUUAAACUUUAAAUAAAUAGUGACCGUCUGAUUUGGUUCUUAGUAUACUUAAAGUGGUGGGACGAUAAUUAACACUGAAUGUUUCUCAAACCCAUUUCAAUGUCAGAAUGUCUUGUGGUGUUAAGCAAAACUGCACUGUAGUCUUAUUUUAUAUUACAGCAAAGCGAAGGCCAGUAAAAUGUAGACAAAGUGUACAAUGGAAAAAAGCAAAGAAGACUUGUAUGCAUUGAUUACAAGAAGAAAUUUUGUUAGUAUUUCUAAAAAAAAAUUAUCUUUUACAUGAAAAGUGGUAGGAUGCAGAAAGGGUUCAGUAGUGUUAA